AUGAGGACCUACGUGAACAAGCAACUCCAACCAUUCAGUUCAGACGGACGAAUAUCCGCCCGGACCCUAUGGAGGCUCACAGAUGGGCUUCUUCGCAAAGCUCAAGGGGUUUUUCUCUGGCUUUUUCUUGCCACCAGGAGCCUUGUCAACGGAAUCCACAACCGUGAUGACGAGGACACUCUGCUCCAAAGGCUAGAACAGCUUCCUGGAGAGUUAGAGAACCUUUAUGCAGACAUGUGGAGGAGACUUAAUGGUGACAACUCGGUCUACCGUGAGACCGCAGGGAGGUACUUGCGCUACGCUGUGACAGGAACGUCCUCCAUAAGGGUAACGCUGGGACCGAGGCUUCAGCGCUGGUUGUUCAUUCAGAGACCUACUUUACUGGAGGUAACCCUUGCUGAAAAACCUAAUGACGGAGAACUUCUGGCGUCCGAGGCCAACGGCGGAAGCUUUGAUGAUUUGAUGCUGUUGGCCCAUAAGACAGCUGGCAAUAUUCACACCCGAUGCGCUGGACUUCUACAGCUUUCAAAAUCCAGAUACAGGGAAGGCGAUGAAUUAUCAGAAAACGAUGGAAUUAACACCCUUAUGCAGCAAAUGGACUUUAUUCACCGCACGGCUCACGACUUCCUUGUGGAGACGCAGGCUGGCCAGAGUAUCUUGAACUACAAGCACGUUCCAUCGCUGUCGGUCAAUUCGGAUGUCACCCUGGUAAAGGCCAUGCUGUGCACAUUAAGGAUACUUCGCAGAGAGCUUGACUCUUUCAUAGUCAAUGCGCGCGAUGUCAUUUCUUCCAUCGCACGGGCAGCACGCAAGGGUGGAGAUAUCAAAUCGGAGAUCACGAGCAUGCUCUUGACCGCACAUAAGCUUUAG